AUGGAUUCCCCUAACAUGGCCUUGGAGAAGGCUAUCGACAAGCUUCAGCUUCAUUCGCCGACUGGAAGGCAUGCGAUUCGGAUCACAGAUCUCUCGGACGACAUCAUCCUCUCCAUCGUGGAGUUCCUCUGUCACCACUGCAUCGCUCGAAAGGAAGACGUUCCCGAAGCCGAUGUGGACUCUGCAUAUCUGACGGCCAUCAUGAAAUUCUCGCAGACGUGCUUUCGCUUUCAUCGCCUUGCCAGACCCUACAUCUUUCACCACCUCUACUUGAGCUACGACUACCUGGCCAUCCGCGACGACUCUUGGGAGGAUGAUACCAAGCGCGAGAAGUCAAUGCUUCGCCUGCUAGCAACUCUUGCCGGUGACCACGCUCGACACGCCGCGGAUACGAGCAAACGAAGCCUCUCCGAUGGCAUUGACGACUUCGCUCGGUCCGUCAAAUACCUCGAGGUCAACUUGAGCCCCAUUGCCCACAAUGACAGCGGCGAGACCGGCAGCUCGGGACUUGCAACUCCUACGACGUGGUGGUACGAUUGGCUCCCAACCCUGCUCAACAGACUCGUCAACUUGGAGCACCUUGAAGCUACGAUGGAGCGACCCCGCACCAAACGCCACCUCUUCAUUUCCAGCCUGGACCGAAACGGUCUCUCACGCUACGAGUCCAUCAAGACUCUCACGCUCACCUACCGUGGUGACUGCAACGAAUUCAUCGGAAACGCCGACCUUCGAGACACGCACAUGCUGUUCUACCGAUGCCCUAAUCUGGAGGUGCUCGAGAUUCGGGGUAUCGGAGGUAUUGGUUGUAGGGUGAUGGAAAACAUCAUGCACGUCAGGGGCAAUCUCAAGACCAUCCGCCUCAUCAACUGCGCCUUGCAGGUACACGACGUCGCCGGCCUGCUGGUCGGCGUGAUGGGCCUCGAGACCUUCGUUCUCGGCCGCGGAAAGUUUCGUCGGUUUCAGUGGAUGGGCGAAUUCCGCGACCUCGUGCCUUCACGCCAGCCUUCGCGCCAUCACCCUUCGUGCACUCCAUCCACAUUGGUGUACUUACUGAGAAGAUACGGAAAUCAAACCUUGAAGCACCUCGAGCUUCGGCCAUUCGAGCUGAAGAUGUGGCAAUCCUUCUGGUCCCCUAACCCGUCUGGCGGAGCCGACGAAGCCCGCCAAAAGACUCGGGCCGCCGUCAUCGACAGUCUCCGCGACUUCACCAAGUUGGAGACUCUGCAGCUGGGACAAGAUUCCAUUCUCGGCAUUCCCAACAUGUGGCUGAACACGAUGGAUGGACCAAUGCUUGGGCCAGUGGGUAUGUUGGGCCCGGACGGACGGUUCGAAAUUGUCCCGGCCGUGUCGCAUGUCAAGCGUCACACCACCAUCCUGCCCGAUCAUGGCGGAACCCGACUGCUCGACUUGCUGCCGCGCACCCUCAAGUCGCUCCGAAUCACCAACGUCAACCAAUACCUCGCAAGCAACCUGCUCAACUUCGCCAAUGCGGUCUCGGCCGGGGAGUUCCCGGCCCUCGUGAACGUGUCUCUGCACGGAGAAAACGAGGCCGCAGAUCGUCUCCGACACGGCGAUCAUUUCCGCAUCGAAUUCCUCCGCGGGAUGGAACUGGACUGGCCUUUCCUCGAGAAGAGCGUCCUGGAGAGCAUGCAGAGCACGUUGUACCUCGCCGGCGUCCAGUUUUCCUGGGACGCCAUGGACAGCAACGAGCCGGUUGGCGGCUGGCCUGGAGACCCGGCGCAGGAGUUCGGAUGGGCACCCACUCCGCGUAGGUCGGAUGAAGAGCUUGCUUUUUUCAGGUUCAGUAGAGAGCGGUACGAGAAGUUCUGCGACCUGGUGCGAGCCGGCAAUGCUUACGGCGCUCCCCCGGGUAAUGAGUGGGCUAGCGAGCCGGACACUGACGAGGAGUACAUUGACGAGGAGUACACCGAUCAUGAGGACGCUGACGAGGAGUACACCGAUCACGAGGGCACUGAUGAUGAGGGCCCCGACGAUGAGGACGAUGGUGAUGAGGACAAUGAGGAUGCUUGCAGCGACAACGAGGAUUGUGAGGAGUACGAGUAA